GAAAGUGGAACCUUCUCGCGUACCCCUUGUGAAGCACGCCAACGGCGGCAGCAGCAGUCCCAAGAGCUGCAUCCCUACCUAGUCUGUUGGUUUGAGAGAUGAGGGUCAUAAAGCUGCCGGAACCGCCGAGCGGUUCGUCAGGGAUGCCGGAGAUCUUCGAAGCGGGUGUCUACAAUGUAAUCCGCCGCGCCGUCAUCAUCAGUAACGGUUUUGCUGGCGCUGAGAAUCAGAGCAUCGGAUUGGUUCGCGCUCUUGGUCUCUCUGAUAACCAAUUUCUAUACCAUGUUUUAAGACCAAGAGGAGGAAUUAAUGAGUGGCUUCGAUGGCUCCCAGUCUCUCUUCACAAAAAGGUAGACUAUGUCAUCAGGCGUGUUUUUGGUGAUCAACCAAGGACUCUAGGAGGCAAGAAGAUUGUGCCAUAUCUUGCAGAAAAUUUUGGAAAUACUGGUUUGUCAUCUAUUUUAGAAGCUGAUGCCAAGCAGAUAGCAACAAUGGCUCGUGAGACUUUUGAGAAGGAAGGGCCUUUGCUAGUGGUUGCAUCUGGUCGAGAUACCAUUUCUUUAUCGAGCUCAAUAAAACGUCUAGCACCCCAAAAUGUUUUUGUUGUUCAGAUACAACAUCCAAGGACACAUCUGAACAGGUUCGACUUGGUGGUUACUCCACGUCAUGAUUAUUACCUUUUGACUCCCAGUGGACAGCAACAGAUCCCCCAGUUUAUGCAGCAGUGGAUAACUCCGCGGGAACCACCUGAUAGGCAUGUGGUCCUCACUGUGGGAGCAUUACAUCAGGCUGACUCUGCUGCACUUCGGAUUGCUGCAACUGCCUGGCAUGAUGAGUUGGCUCCUCUUCCUAAGCCCUUACUUGUUGUCAACAUAGGGGGGCCUACAAGCCACUGUCGUUAUGGAGUAGACCUAGCCAAACAGUUAGCAGGUUCUCUACAUAGUGUUCUAGCUAGCUGCGGAAGCAUAAGGAUAUCUUUCUCUAGGAGGACUCCUCAGAAGGUAUCCAAUAUAAUACUGAAAGAAUUUGGCAACCAUCCAAAGUUUUAUAUUUGGAACGGUGAAGAUCCAAAUCCACACAUGGGGCAUCUAGCAUGGGCAGAUGCUUUUGUCAUCACUGCAGAUUCAGUUAGCAUGUUGAGUGAGGCUUGCAGCACUGGGAAGCCUGUCUAUGUAAUUGGAGCUGAACGGUGUACAUGGAAAUUCUCAGCAUUCCACAAGGCUCUACGGGAGCGAGGUGUUGUUCGGCCACUCACGGGCAAAGAAGAUAUGUUGGAGAGCUGGAGUUAUCCCCCACUCAACGAUGCAGCUGAAGGAGCUGCUCGUGUACGUGAAGCGCUUGCUGACCGGGGAUGGACAUUGCGGCGUUAGUGAAGCAUUGAAAAUGGUAGUAAUUGGCAAAGCAGCAUUGUAAAAUUGGAAGAACCUGGUUUAUACAAUAUUUUGUCGAUAGCAGUGUAGUUGUGUUGAGAAAUGAGUGGUGCUUGCCGCUUUGCUUCCUGUCUUCUUUAUCACAAAGGAAGAUGAUACAUACCAUUGGUGGAAUCAUUCCCUUCAUCUGAUGGGCCUUACUGUGGUUAGUAAUAUAACCCACAAGUCACACAGGAAUAUAUGGUUUGGUUUUGUGGUAAAUGAUAUGAGAAAGGGCACUGUCACUCCAUACACAGACUCACUUAAUAAUGAAAGAGUCCAUAGAGAAGUCCUUUGUAUAGAGGGGGAUCUUAUUCAUUGUAUCAAUGAAUGGAUUGUAUGUCAAUUUCUUUUACUAUUUUUUAUUUAAUAAAAUUUUUAAGUCA